AUGUCUCACAGCGCUGACACAACGGAUGGGAGGGCUUCCCCUUUCCGGCCGGCGCUUCUGGUCGUCGACAUACAGGAGGACUUCUGCCCGCCCGAGGGCGCGUUGGCGGUCGAGGGCGGACGCGACAUCGUCCCGCUCAUCAACGACCUCCUCCAGCUGCCCUUCGUGCUCAAGGUCGCGACCAAGGACCACCACCCGCCCGACCACGUCUCCUUCGCGUCGAACCACCCGGGCGCGCAGCCCUUCGUGUCCACGACGACGAUCGUGAACCCCGCGAACCCGCGCGAGACGUACGAGACGCGGCUCUGGCCGGCGCACUGCGUCGUCGGGACGCCCGGCAACGCGCUCGUGCCCGAGCUCGACGCCGCGCGCGUCGGCCACGUCGUGCUCAAGGGCCGCGAGCCGCGCGUGGAGAUGUACUCCGCGUUCCGCUCGCCGCUGCGCGACCCGCCGCUCGCGAGCGCGGUGAGCGACCUCGCGGAGCAGCUCGCGGCGGCGCGCGCGACGGACGUGUUCGUCGUCGGGCUCGCGGGGGACUACUGCGUGAAGAACACCGCGCUCGACAGCGCGCGCCUCGGGUGGAGGACGUACGUCGUCGAGGAGGGCACGCGCUGCGUCGGCGGGGACCGGGCGUGGGCGGAGACGGUGGCGGAGAUGCGGGCGGAGGGCGUCGAGGUCGUGCACGCCGAUGGCCCGGAGGUCGAGUCCGUCAAGGCGCUGUCGUCGUAG